AUGUCUUCAAUCGACGAUCUCAUCAAAAAGUUUGCUACUGCCACCCUCUUUGAGGACCCAUCCUUUGCUUCAAAGGUUGCCCUAUCAGACGAAGAAAAGGCCAAAAAGGACGCCUCCCUAUCUACCAAGAAGAUGAAAGAGCACCUUUUGGAAAGAUGCGAGUUCUACGGUCUCAAGGGUUUCCUCCGUACCCUCUCACUUGCCGAACUCAAGGAAUUAUACACCCCAUUCGUUGAAAAGGAUGAAAAGCCUUACGCAAUGAGAAUCAAGUACAUCAAGAGACUUUCGACCAAGAUUGCUGGUUUGACCAUCUCCAAGUUCUUGACCAAGCACUGUAAUGACAAGAUUCUCGAAAUCCUUGCCGAACAUUGCACCACCCCAAAGGCCUCGUUAAAGACCAACUUGGUUGCCGAGCUCCGUGAAGGUGGUCUCAGAUUGAUCUUGUCCGACACUCCAAACGCCGUCCUCCAAAAGAUGGUCGACGACCAAAACAUCAACUUCCAAUCCAACAACCAAGACCUCUUGAUCGACACCUUGAUGAGUGGCAAGGCCCCCAAGGAGAUCAAGAAGAAGAAGAAGGAAGUCGUCAUUGAGUUUGUGGACAAGAAGCCAAAGCUCGCCAAGGGCAAGAACCUCGGCUACCACGACAUCUUCCAACACUACAAUCUCGAAGAACUCGCCGAUUAUGCUCGUGACAAGAGAAUCAAGGUCUCGGGUACCAAGCCAGAACUCAUUCGUCGUAUUCUCGCUUUCUGGGAGACCGGUGCUGAUGGUUUCAAGCCAGAAAAGGUCAAGAAGGAGAAGAAGGAAGUCGAAAAGAAGGUCAAGAAGACCACCACUACCACCACUACCACCACCACCAAGGCUGCCACUCCAGACACUGAAGUCGCCGCACCCAUCCAAGACGAAGAAGUCGAGUCUGACGAAGACUCCUCUGACGCCGAAGAUGAGGAGCCAGAUCAACAAGUCGAAGCCGAUGACACUGACGACGAAGAGGUCGAAGUCACCCUCAAGAGUGUUGCCGCCAAGACUACCGAGACCCCAGUCACUCCAAUCAAGAAGCAAACAUCUGUCAUCAAGACCAGCAAAAAGACCCGUGGAAAAACUACCCCAAAGUAA